GCUAAAAAAGAUCACCGGCGACGAAACCUUCCUUCGAUCCCUUCCCUCCGUUUACUUCCCGGCCGAGCUCACUCCACCCGCUUGCUUUGCUUGCCACCUUAAAGAAAGCAACCAACGCAAAUGCAGAUGGAUAAGCGGAUGGUCAGGCACCGGCCCGUCUAUCUAAUCUAACUAAAACCCCUGACCCGAAGCUACCGGAGUGGCCGGAGACACCAUGGGGCUGUGCGCGUCGGUGCUGCGGCGGAGGGCGAGGAACCGGCACCCGGAGCCGAGGCGCAGCACCCCGACGGCGCUGUUCGUCGUCAGAGGCGAGGGCGACCGCCGGCCGGAGCCGCUGGUGCUCCGGGUGCGGGACUCCGGCCGAUCGCAGCCCCAGAAACCGCCCGCCAAGGCGGCGGCGAGCGGGAGGCACGACGACAGGUGCCGGCAGCAAGGCGCGGACGCGCCGGACAGGAUGGUCUCCUGCGCUCAGGCUCCUCGGCUGGGUGCCAGAAGCAGCGCUGGGGUCGAGCCGGGUGCACCAUCGUCCACGCUCAAGACGGCGAUCAGCCGAGGGGCCCCGAUGGCGCCGGGGCGGUACGGGACGCUGCCGACGGCGCAGACGACAACGGCGUCGCCGCUGAUAGUGCCCGGGACGCCGGCGUCGGCGGCGAUGACGCCGGGGCGGCCGGUGUGGCAGAGGAGGAUACUGAUGGGGAUGCGGUGCGAGCUGCCGCGGUUCAGCGGCCUCCUACUCUACGACGAGCACGGCCGCCCAGUACACAUCGCCACCCCGGGCAGAAGGAACCAGCGCCAGGGGAAGAAGACUGCCAGUGCCAGGGCACCUCCUACAGCUAGUUAG